AAUCAGGCACUUCUUGUAGCCAGCUAUAUAAAACUAUUGAUCUUGCAGAAUGAUGUUUAGUACUCAUAUUGUCACAGUCGGAAAAUCAGUUACUGGCUAUCUUUUAAAACGACAAAAUGGUUUAUUGUUUCUCGUUGUUCAGUCUGGUCGUGUUCUGUGUGAUUCACGGAGCUCUCUUCGCGCAAAUACCGGAUUACAUAAAAGUCUGCAAACGAGAACAAAGCACAAUAAAUGAAUGUGUAAAGAGCUCUAUCGAGAAGCUUCGACCCAACCUCAUAGCCGGUAUACCCGAACUCAACGUGCCCAGUUUGGAACCAUUCUACAUCCCUGAGAUCCUUGCAGUAAGUGGUGAGCUUGUUCCUCUAAAAGCUUCAGGAAAAGAUGUAAAAGUGUCAGGAGCUGGUAACUUUACGAUUAAAUCUAUUUCCGUGGAUCUCGACACAUUCACUUUACGCGGUCGAGUUCGCUUCCCGAGACUGCAUUUAGAUGGCCGUUAUAAUUUAGAUACACAAAUCUUGAUAGUGCCUCUACGUGGUGAGGGAAAUCUUGUUGCUAACGCCGUUAAAUGUGACGCUGACAUAUUGCUGAAGUCUCAGAGAACGAUGCGAGAUGGCAAGGAGUACGUCAAGUUCACGAGUCUCAACGUUGAUCUCACCAUUAAGGAUUACCGCAUCCGACUCGAUGGACUCUUCAAUGGGAAUAAGGCUUUAGGUGACGCAACAAAUGAAGCGAUCAAUCAGAAUCGCGAUGAAUUCUUAAAAACUACACAACCCUACCUUGAGAAGACUGUAGCUAAAAUUUUAUUGGACGCAGCAAACAAAAUAGUAGCGAAUAUCCCGCUAGACGAAUUAUUGCCUGAGGCUUAAAACAUUUUUUAUAUCUACAUUUUAAUUUCACCAGAGAUUGUGUAUUAUUUAGAAAUGUGUGCCGAGUGUGUAUUUUAUUAAAAGAUUCUAUUUUUAAAAUAUCAUUUGACAAUUCUUAGAAUUGAAAUAUUUUGAGAAUAGAGUUUUUUCAAUAAUGUUAUAUAAUGUAUUAUACUAAGCUUAAGGCACUCUGAAAGCAACCGGUCCCGCAUUUUUAUUAUGCGGUGGUUGGUCAUACUCGUUUGGUGUUUAAAAUUUAGAAAAAAAAAAUUGGAAUAAUUUUUUUGUUAAAAGUGCAUAGCUUUAAAGAUAGAAAUUGUUUUUGGUUUUCUGUUAUAGCAUUUUUCUAAAGAUUUGAAAUUAUUGGCAUAAUAUGUAUAAUAGUUAGAUUUGUUACGUAAAUCGUAAUUAAAAAUAUGUCUUUAAAUUAUUAUAAUUUUUAAAUUAAAUAUCUGUUGGCACAAAACUUCAGUGUUACCUCAAUAUUUUUAAAACACAUCAAACAUCGCAUAUUUGAGUAUAAAGGUUGAGAGAGACCGUGAGGUUUUUUAAGAAUUAUUAUAUAAUUCAACAUUGUUUUAGAAAAUCUAUUUAAGCAUAUAUUGUUAUUAUUGUAUUGUAAGAAUGUCGUUGAUUAAAAAUAAAUUAAGGUAUCUUUUUAAUU